CUCUUGCCCGCCUCCUCCCUAUUCCGCCUUUCCCCCCCACCCUCAGCUACUACGAGCGGAGAGACGGAGCCACGAUUCCCCGUCAGGCCGAGCAACACCAGAUAUUGCCAAGCAUGGAUAAGUUGAAGAACCUGACAAAUGCAGAGCUCAUAAAACUCCUGCAGGAUUACGGCAUCCAGCAUGGGCCUAUUGUUGACUCCACUCGCACGUUGUAUGAGAAGAGACUUUAUGAGUUUGAACGCAAGAAGAAGACAGGCUCUGCAGAAUCUUCAUAUGAAAGCAGACAGCAAUACAGUACAAAGUAUGAUGAAAACCAGGAUGACUAUGAAACGUAUGAAGAAGAAACGUACACCAAAAGCUAUAACCGCCCGCAAGCUCACCAGAGGGUAAGAGAAGAUCUGCGGAACAAUUCUAAAAUUGGGGAAAACACAUACCAGAACAUAUCCCAGGUGCGUCAUCAGUCAUCCUACUCCCAGGGAGUGGAAGCUCGCAAGCCCAUCCGUCCAAAACCAAAGGAAGAGGAACCCAAGCAACUAACCAGACGCUUCCUUCCACUAUGGCUGCAACUUAUCCUGCUUCUUCUCUUGACUGGAUUCCUGGUGUACCUUUACUGUCGUGAGACCAAUCAGAACCCUUUCCUAUUCUUGCAAGAAAUCGUGUCUCAGCGUGAGAAGAAUGCUGAAGCUGCAAAUUGAUUCACUAUUGCCACAUAGCAAAAAGAAAUGCA